ACUGGGACCAGCUUUCCAUCUACUUAGUGCCGUUCUGUGCCUGAACUGCUAAAGCCAGCUAACCACAAAUGGCUACCCAAAGGAAACACUUGGUGAAAGAUUUCAAUCCAUACAUCACCUGCUAUAUCUGCAAAGGCUAUCUGAUCAAGUCAACAACAGUGACAGAAUGCCUCCACACAUUCUGUAAGACCUGUAUUGUCCAGCACUUUAAAGACAGCAAUGAUUGUCCAAGGUGUGGCAACCAAGUUCAUGAAACAAAUCCAUUAGAAAUGUUGAGGUUGGAUAAUACAUUGGAGGAAAUUAUAUUUAAGCUGGUACCUGGACUAUGAGAACAAGAACUUCAGCGUGAAUUGGAAUUUUGGAAGAAAAAUAAACCUCAAGAAAAUGGACAAGAUGACGUGUCAAAGGUUGGCAAAUCUAAAGCACAUGAAGAAGGUGAUGAAAACCAAGAUGAUAAGGACUACCAUAGAAGUGACCCACAAAUUGCUAUCUGUCUGGAUUGUUUACGAAAUAAUGGGCAGUCAGGGGACAAUGUAGUAAAGGGUCUCAUGAAGAAAUUCAUUCGAUGUUCUACACGAGUUACUGUAGGAACUAUUAAAAAAUUUCUAAGUUUAAAACUAAAACUUCCAAGUUCUUAUUAGUUGGAUGUGCUAUGCAAUGGUGAAAUUAUGGGGAAGGAUCAUACCAUGGAAUUCAUCUAUAUGACAAGAUGGCGACUAAGAGGAGAAAAUUUUCGCUGUCUGAACUGCUCAGCCUCGCAAGUCUGCUCUCAGGAUGGCACUUGGUAUCAGUCAUACCCUAUGGUAUUGCAGUAUCGACCAAGAAUUGACUUUGGGUAGGCCAAGGGGCCCAGACUGCACUGAAUGAACCCUUCACUAUUUGUUUACUCAUCGGCAGAUUGCACAGUGAGCGGUGUGUGGACUUGAGAGACACGAUCUGAUUUUCAGCAUGCACAUAAGGCCAUUGUCUGUCUCGACAUUGUCAGUUUCCUUCAUGUUGUUUCUACUAGGAGCAAUCUAAGUGCCCUUCUGCUACUGACCA